AAGUUGGCGCACUUUGCAUAUAUAAACGCCUCCACCCCCAUCAACCUCUUCACCAUCCCCCACCCGCCGCCGCAAGGAAUUCCACCGCACGCGAGACCAGGAGGGGAGAAGGGAGAAGGCACACAGCUAGCUACGAAGAGCGCCAAGAACAACCAACCAGCCAGCAGCCAGCGCAAGAUGCCGUGCAUCCAGGCGUCCAGCCCCGGCAGCAUGCCGCACCAGCACCACGGCCGGGUCCUGGCCGGCGUCGGGUGCGCGGCGGAGGUGGCCGCGGCGGUCGCGACGACGGCGGCGAACAGCGCGGGGAUGCGGUGCGGGGCGCACGACGGCGAGCUGCCCGCGGAGGCGGCGCGCCACCACGAGCACGCGGCGCCGGGGCCCGGGCGGUGCUGCUCCGCGGUGGUCCAGCACGUGGCGGCGCCGGCCGCGGCGGUGUGGUCCGUGGUGCGGCGGUUCGACCAGCCGCAGGCGUACAAGCGGUUCGUGCGGAGUUGCGCGCUGCUGGCGGGCGACGGCGGCGUGGGCACGCUCCGCGAGGUGCGCGUCGUGUCGGGCCUCCCCGCGGCGUCCAGCCGCGAGCGCCUCGAGAUCCUGGACGACGAGAGCCACGUCCUCAGCUUCCGCGUCGUGGGCGGCGAGCACCGGCUCCAGAACUACCUCUCGGUGACCACCGUCCACCCGUCCCCCACCGCGCCCGACUCCGCCACCGUCGUCGUGGAGUCCUACAUGGUGGACGUGCCGCCGGGCAACACCCCCGAGGACACCCGCGUGUUCGUGGACACCAUCGUCAGGUGCAACCUCCAGUCGCUGGCCACCACCGCCGAGAAGCUCGCCGCCGUGUCGACGUGAGGUGGGACGUCCAUCUCCACUGGCGAUCGAUCGAUCGAUGGUUUUUCCGGGGGCAGGAGAGGGUUGCGUGUUUCUUCGGCGCGUGAGCCUUUUUCUUUUCUUCUUCUUCCUUCUUUGUUUCUUCACAUUUGACCCCUCUUGUUUUUCCUUAUUUUUUUCUCGUUGUUGCGAGAGACAUCCAACCCUCCUCCCGUCCCUUGUCCAAAGAUUCAAGAGAUGACAAGUAUAAAUCGAUAGAGAUUUUAAGCUCCGACACACGGUCGAAUUUCAAUGUAUAUAUGUUCGUGGUAGUAGAUAUGGUCCCUGGAAAGCACAAAACGCAUGAGAUUUAUAUUGUACAUGUCCUUGCUACAAGUUUUGAUCUGAA